AUGAUAUGUAUUCUUGGAUUUAAUUGUAAAGAAAACGUAGAAUGGCUACGGGGAUAUGUUAAUAAUACAUAUUCAAACUUAUUUGAAUAUGCUAAAAAAUUAUUUAAUGCAGAAAAAAAACGUAUUACAAUGAUUAAUUCAGCAAAACAUAAGGCACAUAAACUAGAAAUUACUCAAGCAUUAGGAAUUCAAUUUCAAGAAGUACGUAAUGAAUUAAAAAAUACUAAAAAAAAAUUACAUCAAUCAUUAGAAACUAUUCAAAAGCUAAAUGCAGAGUUAUGUUCUAAUAUAGAUUCUGAAAGUGAAGGAACUAUUAGGGAUGAAAAUAAUGAAAAUUCCAAUUUUUCCUCUACUAAUACAAUUCAAUUAAUGCCCUCGAUAACAGUAAAUGGAUUAGGAAUUAAAAUUAUAAUUAAAUGUCUAAAUUGUAAAGCAACAACGGAACAUAGUAAUAAAUCACCUGAAAUAGAUUUUUCAACAAGUAUAGCUGUAGCAGGAUUAGUUGGUGGUAUAAAUCGUGAAGAAUGGCAAUCUAUGCUUGCAUUAGUUAGAAUCACACGACAAAGUGGUAAAUCACAAUACUUUGCUAAACAAGAUAAACUUUUUGAUGGCUUAAAAAAUGAAGCAGUUAAUUUAGCUCAAAAAGUAUUACAUAAAGUUCUUGAUAAAUUAAUUGAAAACAAACAAUUUAAUUUAGAAGUUAGUUUUGAUUGCCAAUGGAAUCAUAUUCGUGAAGCACCAGCAGCUAGUGUAGUUACAAUUAAUGAAGGCAACCAUAAUGGUAGUUCUAGUACUAUGGAACAUUCAAUAUUAAUUACUAUUAUUGAACAAAUAUCACCAGUACUCAAAACUUCAAAAAUUGUUUUAGAUGUCAGAAUUGAUGGAGAUUUAAAUAGUAAUAAAACACUUGGUACUCAAAAAAUCGUUUAUAAAAUUUGUGCUAAUUUAAAGCAUAAUGCAAAAAAUGUUAGAGCAAAAAUAGCCAAAAAUAAUAAAUGGAAACAUCUUGAAUCACCAAUUAUGAAAUAUUACAUUCAAUGUGUAUAUGCAGCAACUGCACGUGCUAAUGAUCCUAAUUUACUAACUCCAACUGAACAAGAUUUGUUUAAAAUGCAAACUAAAGGUGUAAUAGCACAUUUGCAAAAUAAUCAUGAUGAUUAUUGGAAUGAAGUUUGUUGGUUUACAGAAAAUCCUGAUAUAAUACUUCCUGAACCAAAUUUAAUACUAUAUACUAAAAGUCAAUGUGAAGCUUUGUUAAAAGACUUAAAACAAUAUAUGAAAUUAACAGAACAAGGAUUAAUAACUACAAUUCGAACAAGUGCAAAUGAAGCAGUAAAUCGUAUUAAAUUAAAGAGGAUUUCUAUUUGUACCUGGUGGGUACAAUACCCACCCUGA